UGUUCAAAACUUGUGUGUUUAAUUGGUGAGUUUGGUUAAUGAGUUUGGUAAUUAAUUAAUUUAAAGUAUAUAAAUAGGGAGCUGAACUCGUCUCCAAACUUAACCAUGGCGUGUCCUUUCAUAGAUGAGGUGGUGGAUGAGGGAGCUAUAGUCUUGCGGAGGGCAUUUCAAGGAGAGAGAACUUUCAGAGACAGGUCAGACCCAUUGGCUUUUAAUGACAGCUACCUGUAUGAGCGAUAUAGGUUCUCAAGAGAUGGGAUUGCAUAUAUUUGUAGAUUACUAAACCCAUACAUUGCAAAUAAUACACGCCGCAACAGAGCGCUCACAGUCCCACAGACGGUGUGCAUUGCACUUCGCUUUUUUGCCAGUGGAACAUUUUUGUACACAGUUGGAGAUGCAGAGAAUAUCAGCAAAGCAUCAGUUUGCCGCUCUGUACGAACUGUGUAUCUUUCUUUAAAAAGACUACUCAAUGUGUUCGUCACAUUCCCUGGCCACAAAGCUAUUCGUACCAUUAAACAUGCCUUUUAUGGAAUAGCUGGUUUCCCAAAUGUUAUCGGUGCAUUGGACUGCACCCAUGUGCGUAUUAAGUGUCCAUCUGGACCACAUGAAGCGGACUUUGUGAAUAGGAAAUCAGUACACAGCAUCAAUGUACAGAUGAUUAGUGAUGCAGAUUGCAUCAUCACAAAUGUAGAGGCCAAAUGGCCAGGCUCUGUGCAUGACUCCAGAAUCUUUAGAGCCUCAUCUCUCUACCAGCAACUAGCAAGAGGAGAAUUCUCAGGAGUUUUGCUGGGAGACAAGGGAUACCCAUGCCUGCCUUACCUCUUGACUCCCUAUCAGGAGCCCCAGACAGAGGGACAGCACUGCUACAACAUUGCCCAUGCACGCACAAGAGGUCGUAUAGAGAUGGCAUUUGGGCUGAUAAAGUCAAGGUUCCAGUGCCUGAAGCACCUCAGAGUGACUCCACCUAGGGCAUGUGACAUUGUAGUUGCUUGUGUAGUGCUCCAUAACAUUGCUUGUCUGAGGAGAGAGAGGCAACCAAGGAUUGUUGAAGAGGAAGACUGGGGCAAUGAAGCAGUACUGGAAGAAAACGAAACAGGCAGACUUAUACGAGACACAUAUGCAAAUAAUUAUUUUGCUUAAUAUGGUCUAAACCAUGUGUAGCCUUUAACAUUUUCCACUGGCCCCUCAACUUUCUCCUUAGUUGAACAAACACACAGAAGUCAAAGUAUUUAAUGUGAUUUGUCUUUAUUCAGAGUGAAUCUGCCUGUUAGGGGUGAAAACACACAAAUAAAUGUUGUGGAAAGUGA